AUGGCGUCUAGCUGCUGUAGCAAGAGGCCCAGACCAAUGAUUGCCAAGUUUGUCCCCUUGCUGCUGGUGCUGUUCGUCGCUUCGUGUUCAUGGUCCGCGUCGGCGUCGCCGGACAGGAGCGGCGGCAACGGCACGCAGACCACGCAGUUCCGUUCCGGGGACGAGCUGCGGGCGUACAGGAGGAUCCUGGCCCGGAUGGACAGGUUGAAGAAGGCGUCCGUCAAGACGAUUCAGAGCCCCGACGGCGACGUCAUCCACUGCGUGCCGGCGCACCAGCAGCCAGCGUUCGACCACCCGAAGAUGAGAGGCCAGAAGCCCGAGGAUGAGCCGGAGGAGAGGCCCAAGAUCAGCACCGACGCCGCCGAGGAGGACGCGGUGUUCACGCAGGCGUGGAGCGACGGCGGCGAGGCGUGCCCCAGUGGGACGGUACCGAUACGGCGGACCACGGAGCGCGACCUGCAGCGGUACUCCAGCUCCGGCUCGCUCCGGCGGUACGGGAUGAAGCCGCGCGCCAGCGUCGUGCGCCGCGACUCCACCAGCGACGGCCACGAGCACGCGGUGGGGUACGUGACCGGGGAUCAGUUCUACGGGGCGAAGGCGAGCCUGAACGUGUGGCCGGCGAAAGUGGCGUCGGCGGCGGAGUUCAGCCUCUCCCAGAUCUGGGUCAUCUCCGGCACCUUCGGCAACGACCUCAACACCAUCGAAGCCGGAUGGCAGGUGAGCCCAGAGCUGUAUGGAGACAACAGCCCACGGUUCUUCACGUACUGGACGAGCGACGCGUACCAGGCGACGGGGUGCUACAACCUGCACUGCUCGGGGUUCAUCCAGACCAACAACCGCAUCGCCAUCGGCGCCGCAAUCACGCCGGCGUCGGCCUACAACGGCCGGCAGUUCGACAUCAGCCUGCUGCUGUGGAAGGACCCGCGGCGUGGCCACUGGUGGCUGCAGCUGGGGUCGGGCCCGCUGGUGGGGUACUGGCCGUCGCGGCUCUUCACCCACCUCGGCGGCCACGCCAACAUGGUGCAGUUCGGCGGCGAGGUGGUCAACACGCGGCCGUCGGGGUCGCACACGCCCACGCAGAUGGGGAGCGGCCACUUCCCGCGGGAGGGCUUCAACCGCGCCGCCUACUUCCGCAACGUGCAGGUGGUGGACUGGGACAACAACCUCAUCCCGGCCAGGGACCUCCGGCUCGUCGCCGACCACCCGGCGUGCUACGGCAUCCAGGGCGGAUACAACCGCGCCUGGGGCAACUACUUCUACUACGGCGGCCCCGGCCGGAACGUGCGGUGCCCGUAG